GUUGCCGCACGCUACAGUGCGAACGCGACCUUUGCAAACGACAAACCGAUAUAAAAUAAACACUCUUCGCGCGGAAUAUACUAUAUAGUUUUAUAGUAUAGCGCGCGCGAACGUCGAAAACUGUGCGUACACGAAUAAUAAAAUAAACGCAACGAAAACUUUGUAAGCGGAAGCAGUGCUAUGACGUAAAUCCGAAAUUUAAUUUUGGUUUUUAAGCAGGAAUAUUUUAUAGGUGGAUGUGACUUCAAGAAAGUAAGAGCUCCAGCGUAUUCUCGAAAUGACCAAAAGCGGAUACACUUGUGUCAGGCACAUCUUCUGCUGGCUGAACGUCAUACUAUGGAUAACAGGAUGUGGCAUUUUAGGUGUCGGCAUUUGGCUGAGGAUCUCAUACGAAGGAUACACAAAUUUACUACCUCAAUACGCUUUACUUAGUGCGGAUUCCUUAGCAAUAGUCGUAGGGGCUAUUGGCGUCGUCCUAGCUUUCUUCGGCUGUUGCGGGUCCUGGUUCCAAAGCAGAUGCAUGCUCAUCACGUAUUUUGCUUUAGUCGUGUUCAUUUUCAUGUCGGAAUUCCUUAUGGGAUCCGUAGCGUUCGUUUUCCGCGAAGGAAUCGGACACGUCCUUAAAGAAGAACUCACCAACGGCUUGAAACAUCACUACAACAUCACGGCGCACGGUCCGAAUAGUUUGGUCACAAUUUGGGAUCAUCUUCAAUCAGAAUUCCAUUGCUGCGGCAUUCGAGAUUACGUUGAUUGGUAUCUGAUCGAUGCGUGGCCGGAUCAGAAAUGGGUACCAGAUUCCUGUUGUCUUCCUGGUGCGGAACAUUCCGUUUUUGCAGGCGAUCAUUGCGGACAAUCGGGUAAUCAGGAUUUGUGGUACGCAAAAGGAUGUUCGGAUCAGAUCCACAUGUGGUUCAUGCAGAGAUUGCACAUCAUUGGCAUCGUCGGUUUAGUUGUAGCCUUCAUUCAGCUAUUUGGCUUGAUAUGUUCGAUGUUACUGUUCUGCACGGUGAAGCACAAAAGAACGUCCCACUCGUACAAAUCAUAUGAUACCAAUUAAUUCCAUCGUACCAACGAAUUAGUGGUUCUCCGCUUCAGUAGAUUUAAUUAUGGAGUUUUCGAUUCGCAAAUGAACUUCCUUAUAGCCGAAGUUCAUUCGUUCAACAACCGAGGACUAUAUUAGUCUUCCCUCGCUCUUGGUCCAACUCGGUCAAAGGUCAAUGAGAUUAUAUUACUGUUAGAAAUUCAUUACCAAUUAGGGAUUUUAUCGAAUGCGAUUUUUUAGUUUUUUUUUUUAAUGUAAUUCAAUAUUAAAUUUAUAUC